UGGGAAGAAGGUAUCAUUCAAACCUAGAUGCUAUAGUUGGCGUGGGUUGAGUGCAAAUCUCAAUUUUUCUGCAAACACCACCUACGACUCCGACUCACAUACAAAGAUGGAGUGGGAAGCGGACGAGAAAGAGGUAAAAGCCGCCGGAGCUGAGCUUCUACCGGACGGACGUAGAGGACUCCGCAUUCAUGGCUGGGAGAUCGAGUCUAGCAACCGUUCAAUCCUCACCUCCCUCAACCUACAAUCGUGGGAAGAAAAGCUUGAGACAACCCACUUGCCAGAGAUGAUGUUUGGGGACAGUUGUUUGGUUCUUAAGCACGUGAGCAGUGGCACACAAAUCCACUUCAAUGCUUUUGAUGCUUUACUUGGCUGGAAGAAGGAAGCCCUACCCCCAGUUGAAGUACCUGCAGCUGCACACUGGAAAUUCAGAAGCAAACCCUUUCAGCAGGUGAUUCUGAACUAUGAUUACACUUUCACCACACCUUAUUCUGGAAGUGAAACUGUCGAGACUGGCAGUGAUAGUGAGGAAAAGAAUGGUUGUCUAAAAUGGGAGGAUUGUGAUGAAGAAAUUAAUGUGGUUGCACUUGCAUCAAAAAAAGAGCCUAUUCUCUUUUAUGAUGAGGUGAUUUUAUAUGAAGAUGAAUUGGCUGAUAGUGGAGUCUCCUUUUUAACUGUGAAAGUGAGAGUGAUGCCUAGUUGUUGGUUUCUUCUCUUACGUUUCUGGCUUAGAGUUGAUGGUGCCCUAAUGAGAUUGAGGGAUACUCGUGUCUUUUGCACUUUUAAUGAGAUUUCAAAUCCAGUCAUCAUUCGAGAGAUUUGCUGGAGGGAAACUACAUUUAAGGCACUUGCUUCUAAAGGAUAUCCUUCUGAUUCUGCCUCAUACAACGAUCCAAACAUCAUCAGUCAAAGGCUUCCCAUUGUCUUUCACAACACCCAAAAGCUUAAAAUCCCUGAUACUCUGUAACUGUGAGCUUUACUUUAUUUAUUUUCAGUAAUCUCAACUUUUAUAAAAUCAAUUGCUGUGUGAUA